ACCCUAAGGAUAUAGGACUGAAAGGAAGGCAGUGUUGGAUGUGGUUAGUUGAGUGCGUGUUGGUUUUUCAUUAAUAGUUACGCACAGUUUUGAGCAAAUUAAGUAAAUGUCUGCUAAUUAACAUAUCUGUAACGUUAUGUCUGAUUUAUCAUUAGUUACUAGAUUUGUUGUAUAAACUGUGUUGUGUUCGAACUUUGAAGCAGAAAUGUCACUAAUAGCAUUUAGUGGACUGAAACGUAGAACUGAAAAUUGGUAUUAUAGAAAAUAUAGAAGUAAUGAAUGUAUACCAUCGGAGUUACUAUCGAUAAACUGGAUGUUGGUGCUACUCAUUUUAUGGUUUUCUGGCCAGUGUGCCAAUUCAGAAGAAUAUCAUUGUAUGUGGUAUGGCCAAUGCAAUAUGGAUGCUUUUGGGAGGUAUCAAAAUUGUCCAUAUGAAGGUUCAGCAAAAGAAUUGGAGGUUGAUGGUCAGAAAUACCUUAAAAAGUGGUGCCCCCAUUUUUUUGAGGGAGAAGUGCCUGUAAUGAAAACUUGCUGUGAUACAAAACAGUUGAAGACUAUGGAUCAGAAUAUUCUAUUGGCAGCAGCUUUUCUGCAACGAUGCCCAUCAUGCUUGCACAAUCUUGUUAGGCACAUCUGUGAUUUUACAUGUGCAGUUGAUCAGAGUAGAUUUAUCAAUGUGACAGAUGUGGAGCACAAUGAUGACACAGGUAAAGACUAUGUUAAUGGCAUAGAAGUAUACAUAGGAGAUAAUUAUAUGAAUGGCACAUAUGAUUCUUGCAAGCAAGUGUCAGUGCCAUCAACAAGUCGUCUGGCCCUUGAUUUGAUGUGUGGAGAGUGGGGUGCAAGUCGCUGUUCACCAAAGAAGUGGUUCACAUACAUGGGAGAAGCUGAAGGCAAUCCGUUUGUCCCAUUCCAGAUUACUUACAUUGAAACAAACAAAACACUAGAUAAGUAUGUCCCAUUGAACCCAUCAAUAACACCAUGUAGCAAAGGAAUAAGCCCAGCUGUGCCUGCCUGUAGUUGUGUGGAUUGUGAAGCAAGUUGUCCUACUCCGCCACCAGAACCUGAGCCACCAAAACCAUUUACCAUAUUUGGCUUGGAUGGUGUUUCAGUCGUGAUGGCCAUAAUUUGGUUUGUGGGAUCACUAGUGUUCCUCACAGUUGUGUUCUGCUGUUGUGACAAUGACAACACCAUAGCAAACCUGGUUCGGGGUGACAGAGCAGAAGAGAUUAGACACACCGUUGGACGAAGACUGGCUGGUAGUAAUCAGUCUCGGAUUGCCCUUGGUGCAGAUGAGGAAGAAAGUCCCUUGCAAUCAAAAAGAUCUAGUGUGAUGAGUGCUGAAGAAGAAGAAUCAACAAAACGUGUGGACCAUGGUUCACCAUCUUUUCUGGAAAAAUUAGGUGCUGGAACAGAUGCUUUGUUGGAAGAAUUCUUUCAGUGGUGGGGCACAGGUUGUGCUCGUCAUCCUUGGCUUGUUUUGUUUGUGGGACUCUGUGUUGUUACUGGCAUGGGACAUGGCAUCAAAUACAUAAAAGUAACCACAAACCCAGUAGAACUGUGGGCUUCACCCCAUAGCAGAUCAAGAGUUGAACGAGAAUAUUUUGAUAGCCAUUUUGAACCUUUCUAUCGUACUGAACAAGUUAUCAUUCAAGCAUCAGGAUAUAAGUCUAUUGUUCACAAUACAUCAAAUGGACCCAUAGUUUUUGGACCUGCUUUCAAUGAGACUUUCCUAAUGACAGUUCUGUCUCUUCAGAAAGAAAUAGAAAAGAUUGGUAAAGAAGAGGGCAAUGGUUUGGAGAAAAUUUGCUUUGCACCCUUGACAUCACAAUUCACUGGACCACCCCAUGUUGAACAGUGUGUGGUGCAGAGUGUCUGGGGCUACUUCCAGGAUAGUGAAGAUACUUUUAAUGAAACUGACACAGAUCCAGAGGGUUUUGUUGUGAACUACUUGGAUCAUUUUGUGAAAUGCACACAAAAUUAUUACAAUCCUGAAUGCCUAGCUGAGUAUGGAGGCCCUGUAGAUCCAGCCAUAGCUCUAGGUGGCUUUUUGGAUGCUGGAGAAAUAUUAGAAGGUGAACCAAGAUAUGAGAGAGCAACAGCAGUGAUCCUUACAUUUCUUGUUAAUAACUAUCACAACAAGACCAAAUUGGGACCGGCUCUUGAGUGGGAGCAGAAGUUUAUUGAAUUCAUGAAGAAUUACACCGCACAGCCACAUCCAGAUAUAGAAGUUGCCUUUACAUCUGAGCGCUCAAUUGAAGAUGAGCUGGAUCGUGAGUCUCAUUCAGAUGUCAGCACCAUUCUAGUCAGCUACAUCAUUAUGUUUGCAUACAUUGCAAUUGCACUUGGACAAAUUCGCACUUGCAGUCGGCUGCUGAUUGACAGCAAAGUGACGCUUGGGUUAGGAGGAGUGUUGAUUGUACUUGCUUCCGUAGUGUGUUCAGUUGGGUUGUUUGGUUUUAUUGGUGUUCCAGCAACACUCAUCAUCAUUGAGGUAAUUCCAUUCUUGGCGCUUGCUGUGGGAGUGGACAAUAUCUUCAUUCUAGUGCAGACACACCAGAGAGAACCACGCCAUCCAAAUGAGAGCCACGUGUCACAUAUAGGCCGUGUUGUUGCCCAAGUUGGGCCAUCCAUGCUUCUAACAAGCUUGUCAGAGUCAUGUUGUUUUUUUCUAGGUGCUUUAUCAGACAUGCCUGCAGUCCGUGCAUUUGCUUUGUAUGCAGGAAUGGCCCUGCUGAUUGACUUUUUACUCCAAAUCACCUGCUUUGUCAGUUUGUUAGCUCUCGACACCAUACGACAAGCAGAAAAUAGGUUGGAUGUGUGUUGUUUCCUACAUGGCCCUAAGUCUGAAGUAGAUUCCAACUCUGAGGGAAUUCUGUACAAGCUCUUCAAACUUCUUUAUGUUCCUCUGCUGAUGAAGUCGGUGGUCAGAGCUGCUGUGAUGGUUGUAUUUUUUGGUUGGUUAUGCACAAGUAUUGCUGUAAUUCCUGACAUUGAAGUUGGUUUGGACCAAGAACUCUCAAUGUCUGAAGAUUCAUAUGUUCUUAAAUACUUCAAGAAUAUGAGCCGUUAUUUAUCCAUUGGGCCACCAAUGUACUUUGUUGUCAAAGGUGGUUUGAAUUAUUCAGAACCAGAAGUACAGAACUUGGUAUGUGGAGGGCAGUACUGCAAUCUUGAUUCUCUCAGUACACAGGUGUAUUUGGCCUCUAAGAAUCCUAAAAGAACAUACAUUGCUAGAGCUGCAGCUUCAUGGAUUGAUGACUAUAUGGACUGGUCAGCUCCUAAUUCUGGAUGUUGCAAGUUCUUUACACAGAACAAUUCCUUCUGCCCACAUAAUAUCCAUUCAGGCUGCUCAGACUGUGUUGUUCAUAUUGAUAACAAAACCAAUCGUCCGAUUCCAGUUGAUUUUGAAAAGUUUGUCCCAUUCUUUUUGCAAGAUAAUCCAGAUGAAAAUUGUGCUAAAGCUGGACAUGCAGCUUAUGGACAGGGUGUUAGAUAUAAAGUGGAUGAACAUGGCCUUGCACAAGUUGGUGCAAACUACUUCAUGGCAUAUCAUACAAUCCUCAAAACAUCAAAGGAUUACUACAAAUCACUGAAAUCAGCUCGCACAAUCUCAGCAAAUGUUACAGACUCCAUAAACUCGCAUUUGAAGGCCUUGGGUUACAGUACUACCAUUGAAGUGUUCCCAUACAGUGUCUUCUAUGUCUUUUAUGAACAGUACUUAACAACAUGGCCUGACACCUUGUUCAGCCUUGGAGUUUCGUUAGCAGCUAUAUUUGUAGUGACAUUCUUAUUGAUGGGCCUGGAUGUCUUUUCAUCCAUUGUGGUGAUUAUUACCAUCACGAUGAUUGUUGUGAAUAUUGGAGGCCUCAUGUACUGGUGGCAUAUUACGCUAAAUGCUGUCUCUCUUGUCAACCUUGUAAUGGCUAUUGGUAUUUCUGUCGAGUUCUGUAGUCAUCUUGUACAUACUUUUGCUGUAUCAGUAAAAGAAACAAGAGUGCAAAGAGCUGCAGAUGCAUUAACAAGAAUGGGUAGUUCGAUCUUCUCUGGAAUCACCCUGACAAAAUUUGGAGGCAUUCUUGUUCUGGGAUUUGCAAAGUCUCAGAUAUUUCAAGUGUUCUACUUCCGCAUGUAUCUUGGUAUUGUGCUUUUUGGAGCAGCGCAUGGUCUCAUUUUCCUUCCAGUGCUUUUAAGUUAUAUUGGUUCUCCCAUGAACAAAGCCAAAGUGGCCAACCACGAGAGACAUAUGCAACGGCUGCAGAUUCAGGAUAAUGCUGCUUGUGGGGAAACCUCGUUAAAUAGAGUAAGCAUCAGCAUGGGGAAGGGAGGGUCGGAGACAGCCGACUUAGGGAUGUGGUCACCUCACCCACACCUCCCGGGAAGGAAUGAUGUCUCGGAGACGGGGACAUACCGAAGCCUUUCUGGACAGUUGUCCACUGAAUUCUCCUGCUGACAUUAGUGCACUUAGCACAUCUCAUUCCCCCCUCAUGACUGGUCCACUCCCCAGUAACUACCACAGCAUAUAGCAGCACAACUUCCUCAUGGUACAUUUUACCAGUGAUAGUUAAUCUUGCUGCAGCCACUCACAGUUUGCUCCCAUAAUUACUCCCUACCCUUAUGUUUAUGUCACAAGAUCUCUCAUACUUGAACACUUGUACUAUAAAUGCGCCAUUUGAAGAAAACACAAAUAUGUCUGUCAAAUCUUGAACUGUCACAAACAAAAGUUCUCAAGCAUCACGAACAGAAGUUGUCCUCAAGCAAAGUUCUGUCUGCAGUAUUUCAUUGCCUAACGGUUUGAUACAUCCCUUAUCGCAGAUAAUAGUAUUCACUUUUCUUAUACUUCUGUAACUGCACCAGUUUGUGACAGUUGGGGAUAUUAUAUGAUUUCUUUACCAUCCUGUGCUCUCAUGCUUGGCUACAUUCUUACAAGCAGAUGACAUUUUCCAGUAACCUUGUCUGGUGCUGUCAUCAGUAUGACUCAGUAUCCAGCUAUUAAAUAAUGCACAUUCAGCCAUAUUUCCUACUUUGAGAAUUUUUUUCAAGGUGCUAAGCAAUGCAAGAAAGUGCUUUCUGAAUACUGACUGUUAUUGAAGGCUGCUUUAUUGUGCACGGUUUGUGGCAGUAUUAUUGAAGUUCAUAUUUUUGUCAGUACCAAACAAGGUUUUUUAUGUGUACCCACAUGACAGAAGUGAGCUUUCCAUGAAGACAAAUAUGCAGUGAUUUUAUAGCAAUUCAAGAUUAGACAAGUGGACUCUUUGUUUCUGUUGUGCAGUUUUGUUAUAGUGUCCAUAAAUAACUUAAUCAGUAGGAUAUUCUUGUGGUGGUGUUGAGUUUUCCUGAAAGUAAAACAAUGUUACUGUUUAGUAAGAUUUGACGUUCUCACAGUGGUGAGUGUGAAGAUGGCUGUCUUCUGGGUUGUAGUGCUGUGUAGUCUACAACUCAGAAGAUAGAUAUCUUAGUGUUGCUGUUAAAUUUACUUGCAUGGGCAUUUAUUUUUUAAUUCAGGAAAAAUUAGGAUUAGGUAAACUUUCAGUUUGAGAUCCCUUGCAGGCAACAGUAUAGUUCAACGUAGAACCCCCUCCCACCCUAGUAACAUUAGUGUCGUUAUUAAAUGCUGCAUACCUUAUAUUCCUUCAUAUAAUAGCAGUAUCAUCAGUCCAUAUAAAUUUAUUUCCCAUUACAGUUUGAUACAUAAGAACCCUCCAUAAUUCAGUGAACUUUAAUCCAGCAGAAAAUAACAAAAAUAUGUAUCCAUUUUGUACCCUCAACAAGAAACUACCUACUGUGCCUCAAGAGUAAUGACAGACAUUUGAAAGAAGAAAGCUUAUUGUUGAUUAAAUUCUUUAAUAUUUGCUAUAUUUUGUAUAUUUUGGUAUGAAUUUCUGUAAAGUGAUGAAGGGAAUGUUGUAGGAUUCAUUAGGUCAGUUACUUUUCUGUUACAAGCAAUUUUACAACCUUAUUGUUAUAGACUUACUGAGGCAUGUGUUAGAAUGGUAUUAUAUAUAGACUUAAUAAAAAAAGUGAUUUGUAAAGGCUAAGUAAAGUUUAUUUCCUGAUCAUAUUUGUUAGCACAGAAUGCUAAGAGUUUACAUUGGCACAUACAGUUUAAAACUUGAAAUAUUUAUAUUUAAAAGCAGGAAAAGUAAUAUUUACUGUAUGUAGUGAAAAGAGAAAGAAAGAGAAAAGUGUUUCAUAAAAAGCAGAACUGACCAAACAAAAAAUUUAUUUGAGAUAAUAUGAGACGGUCUGCAUAAUUAACAGUAGACACAAAUUAUACCUUGUGUAUGUGUGUGCUAGAGAAACUAAUGAAAUGUUAAACUGUGUUGUAAAAACCAUGUUACAUUGGAGCACAAUCAUAUUUUUUCCGGAAGAAAUACGUUCCAAUUUUAUCUAGUUUGUGGAUGUCUUUAUUUGCAUAUGUUUUUUAGACAAAUUCUGUAAAAUUUUGUGAAUAAUCAAAACCUUCAUUUUAUAUUGCCCUCAAAACUCCAAAUCUGAUUAUGGAUUUUUGUGGAAUGGUAUUUAUAAGCCUGUAUAAGUAGUAACUGUGUGUUGUUUCUGUGUCUGUGAUCAAAAUGAUGUAAGGAUGAAUUGUAAUAUAAUUAUAGAAAACAAAUUGGUA